CAAGCGACAACCGAUCGAGCAUGUGCGCGCAGGCUCGUGCGAGUCAAGACUGUCAUUCACUUCCAUCGCGUGACGGGGGAUCAGGACUCGAGUCGAUGCAGCGAAGUGGGAAGCAUCGUGCUGCUCAAAAUGUUCUGCGGCAUGUGUGCAGAAUAGAUUUUGUCUGAAAACCGCUUAAUCUCGUAAUACCAGGUCGAUCGUUACAAUAUUUACACACAUUUCACUGUUUUCUUUGUAAGUUAAAAUUUUUUUAUAACACAAGAACAAAAUGUACGCGUAUGUGAAACUCCUUGAUGGUCCUAACAGAGGGAAAAAAAUAAUUGUGCGUACCUCUGAAAUCCGAAAUUUUUCAAUAAACACACAUAAAAACAAUGUUAAGUAUCGCGUGGAGGUGAAGAAAAAAAUGUGCUUAGGAAUAAUUAUGUUAUUAGAAGACUCGAAAGAUGAUAUCGAAAAGCGACUGGAAACUUUGAAAAGGUUGCCUGCUAUUCCGGAACGUUUGAUGAUAACGGCAUCGAGUAGCUCAUCAUCCUUAGAUGAAAUCAUUAAUUCAUCACUUAACAGUAUGCCAUCUUCGAAAAGUACACAAGAAAGUAAUUCCGUUUUGGAAAAAGUAUUAUCAGUGAAACUGGAAAAGUUAUCGAAACAGUCGCCUACAAUAAAAGAUGUCGAUGAAAAUGCUAAUGAACAGCAAUUUCGGCUUGUAAUUCCAAUCAAGUAUAACAAGGAGGCAGAGCAGAUUGAUAUACGACGCAAAGCUGACAGAGCAAAGCUAAAUGGUUGGGAUUGCUGGGAAUGUGAAAAAUAUUACAAGAAUUUAUCACUGUCAAAAGACAAAUUGCAGAAGCGAAAAAAUAAAUGCGCGCGGCAUAAGUAUGAGAGACCUAAAACACCAGAUGGAUUUUGGGAUCCACUAAUUCCCGAGGCACAGUCGUCGGAAUGUAUAGAACCAGCAUUAGAAGGGGGCUGCAUUAAUUCGGAGACGAUUGAAUUUGAAGAAACCGAUUCGAAAAACGAUCCAUUACAAGUGAAUGAUUCGAAAAACGAUCCAUUACAAGCGAAUGAUUCGAAAAACGAUCCAUUACAAGCGAAUGAUUCGAAAAACGAUCCAUUACAAGCGAAUGAUUCGAAAAACGAUCCAUUACAAGCGAAUGAUUCGAAAAACGAUCCAUUACAAGCGAAUGAUUCGAAAAACGAUCCAUUACAAGCAAAUGAUUCGAAAAACGAUCCAUUACAAGCGAAUGAUUCGAAAAACGAUCCAUUACAAGCGAAUGAUUCGAAAAACGAUUCAUUACACGCGAAUGAUUCCAAAAACGAUCCAUUACAAGCAAAUGAUUCGAAAAAUGAUCCAUUACAAACGAAUGAUUCGAGGAUGUCUAAAUAUGAAGAAAGCACCACUGAUGUAGACAACCAUAUUUCAGAGUUAAAAAAAAGAUCAUUGCUCCCUGCAAAAACCUCGAAAUUACAAUCAAGGAUUGAAGAAUUACAGGAACGCAAUGACAAAUUACGAAAUGAACGUAAAGAAAUAAAACAAAAGCUGGAGGAAGCAAUGUCCGAGUUGAAAAAUGUAAGAAAAUUAAACGAACAACUGCAAAUGGCGUUGAUCGAUAAAACUGACGAAUGCGAAGCAACGCUGAAAACCAUAUUGACUGCCAAUAUCAACAUGCAGUAUGAAAAUAAUUUUCCACCAAUUUUGACAAGACAGUCUAAUGGGAUGAUCCACAUUGGGCGAAACGAGUGGAUUAGUGAAAUCCACUAUAACAGAGUGUGCAACUCGUCGAAAACUCCUCGUCAAUUUGCAAGUAACAUUAUUUUCCCUGUUUUCGACGAUGAAUUGCUCAUGACUAGCACUAUUACAGGAUACACUAGUGCACGACACGGUGAAAAAAGACCAUGCAAUAAACUGGACGAAAAGAAUAUAACGUUUAUCACUAAUAAUUUCUAAAUAAAAUCAAUGGAAUAUUUUAGUAAUCGAUAUAUACAAGCAUUGGAUAAAUAACACGUAUAAAAAGUAAUUUGCUGACGCUCCUCACAAAGACAAUACUAUGAGAGAAUUAUUGAAAUUUUAUUAUUACGUGGGAAAAAAACUUGCUGAUUUAAAGAAAGGUUCGCGUGAAAAAGUCAUUGACGAAAAUGCGAAAAAGCGACGACAAAACAGCGAUAAAACAAAAGCAAGAAAAGUAAAAGCAGCGAAGAGACUGACGAACGAAGCGAGGAAGACGUAAAUGUUGAGGAUGACGAAGAUAGUUGUCUUUACGAUUACUCGCCCGAAAUUCAUUCAUCGUAAUGGUCAGAAAAGUUUGUUCUUUUAAAUAUCAGUUGUGUUUCGAAUUUCUUUUGCAAGUUUUCAACAGUAUGAAAGUAUUUUAAAUUAAA